AGUGUCAAUAAGCAAGCACUGGAACAAGGGCCUGGAAAGGCUGUAUGAUUUUUUCAUUGAAGAUAUCAAAAGUUCCACUGGGUGAGGUCCUGAGCAACCUAAUCUAACUUUGGAAUUACCUGGGAUCGAGUGGCUGGACUAGAUGACAUCCCACCAAAAAGCCCUUCCAACCUGCAUUAUUCCGUGGUGAGAGGCACCUAUUUCUGAACAUACAAACAGUGAUUUUAACACAUCCUCUGCUAGUGAGCAGAGGCACAGUGACUGCACAGCCAGGCUGCCACGAGGGGGGGAAAUGCUGGGUUUUUAAGGAGGCACAGCAAAAGCCUUGCGGGGCUCCCACGUGGGUGUAGCUGAGCUGAAAGCUCCGCUCUCGCAUCUCGGAGAGUGGCGAUUUCCAAAUGCCUGUUGUGUGUGCAGCCUGUGACACCAGCUAAAGACACAGAGGAGGUUCCUUGGUGGCUGCUGUGAUGCCAGGCAGAGCCAGUGCCAAGCUUUAGCUGUUGUGUCCAGCACAGCGGAAUGUGGAUUUCGACCCGGCUGCAUUAUCUGAAAAGCAGUCAAACCACUGGAAGAACACACAGUUCCUGCUGAAAAAGAUUCCUGAAAAUUGCUGUUGAAUUCAGGAAAAAACGAAUUCACACCAGCCUUAUCAGAAGGAGGGGCAUUCAACUCUGUCUGCACUGUUGAGCCUCCAGCCUCUGCAGACUGGAAUUUUUGCUGUUUCAUUGUCAUCAGUGUGGUAUCUCUGUGCUCUAGCACUGGAAGAUGGAAAUGAUGAGAAACACAGCAAAGUUGUUGUGGCUGCUGAGGCUUUUUUCUGAUAUUGUGCCAUUCACCUGUGAGAAAUCUGUGAGAGAAAGAGCUAUUGAGCUGAUGCAAGAUGCACGUUUGAUCGAUGGCCACAAUGACUUUGUGCUGCAGCUGAGAAUACUUUACCAAAAUAGACUCAGUGGAGUCAACUUAAGAGAACUCAACACGACCCGCACAAACCUUGUGAAACUUCAGGCUGGUUAUGUGGGAGCUCAGUUUUGGUCAGUGUAUGUUCUUUGCAGCGCUCAGAACAAGGACGCUGUGCGCCUGACCUUAGAGCAAAUCGAUGUCGUCAAGAGGAUGUGCAACAGCUACGAGGAGCUGGAACUUGUGACGACUUCCCAAGGUAUCUCUGACAGUAGAAGGAUUGCAUGUUUGAUUGGGAUAGAAGGUGGCCACUCCAUUGACAGCAGUUUGGCCACACUGAGGAUGUACUAUGACCUGGGUGUUCGUUACAUGACUUUAACACACUCCUGCAACACUCCUUGGUCUGAAUCAUCCUCUAAAGGAAUACACAACUUUUAUCCUAGUGUUACUGGUCUGACUGCAUUUGGCCAAGAAGUGGUAAAGGAGAUGAAUCGCCUGGGUAUGCUGAUAGAUUUAUCUCACACUUCAUACUCCACAGCAAAAGCUGCACUCAAUAUCUCAAAAGCACCAGUAAUUUUCAGCCACUCGUCAGCAUUUUCUGUUUGUAACCACUCAAGAAAUGUUCCUGAUGAUAUCCUCCAGCAACUGAAAAAGAACAAGGGAAUUAUCAUGGUGACUUUCAAUGCAGAUGUAUUGGCCUGUGGCAGAAAAGUUGUUAAUAUUUCUACCCUUGCAGAUCAUUUUGACCAUAUAAAGAAAAUUGCAGGCUCAGAAUCGAUAGGAAUUGGCGGUGACUAUGAUGGAGUGGAACGCUUUCCUGAGGGACUGGAAGAUGUCUCUAAAUACCCUUCUUUGAUAGAGGAGCUUCUCAGAAGAGGAUGGAAUGAAACUGAACUGAAAGGAGUCCUAAGGGAGAACUUUCUCCGUGUCUUCAGGGAAGUAGAAAAUGUGCGCAACACUUUUGGAGCAAUGGAUGUAGGUGAAAGUGAAAUUCUUCAAGAAGUACAGAAUUCCUGUCGCCUAGACCUUCGUAAGCCUCAGCUUCAGUCAUCCAGGUCUUUUGGAUUUCCUUCUGUGGCACAACCUUUUAGUCUGACACUGGCAUCAGGUUUAAUGCUGUAUUAUGUGUCAUAAGAUCUAUGGAGUCCAGAGAGAGAUUUAUGGAGUACUCUGCAAUUCAACUACUUAUCUUUCAAUGAUUUGUUAAUGGAAAACAAUAAUAAAUUUUAAUCAUAAUCUCUACAAAUUCAUCUGCAUACUUGAAAUAUCAUGUAAAUUAUAAAUGAUGUAGCAAAAGCAUUUAGAACUUGAAGUGUUAAAUUCUGUAUCAUCUUGGCUAGACUAGGACCAACACUGUUAAUGGAAAAUAUUCACAUUUAAAGAAUAAAUUCUGUAAUACUUGAUGCAUGGUUUUGGUACCCAUAUUGUGGAAUAAAAUACUGGAGUCCAGAACCAGCAGUUCCACACGGAAACUAGAGAUUAUGGUUAAGACAUGUGUGCCAAGAAGUUUCCAAAUAUUACUUCUUGUUAAAUCAUACAACUUCCAUCAGUAGUUGAUGGCUUACUCAGAGCAGACCAUCCCCUGCCAUAUGGAGAAGAGUGCUCUUUUGGUUUGCUUGGGGUUUUGUUUUGUUUUCUAAGAUGACAAGAUGAGUGACAAGCCUAUUCCAGUUCAAACUGCAUGCCUAUAACUAGCUGUAGAGAGCCAUCCUGCAGUGCUAAACUCUUAUUUUUGAGUCCUGACCAGGACAGUGGGCAACUGGACAGCUACUGAAGGGUGGAGGUAGGUCUCUUACAUUCAGGUGCAGGCAAUGUUAUAGAUACCUUUCUAUAAUUUGAGGACAGCCUGUUUGCAGCAUUUUCAUGAUGAUGGGAGCAAGAACAAGUCAAGAAUUCUGGUUAGUAAGAGGGUUGUGGAAAUCCUUUUGACAUUUAAACAAUUUAUCAUUAUCAGUAACAUCUUUUAUUAACUCUUUUCUAUUCUAGCUGGCUAAAAUCAGACCAUGGCCAGUGGAUUCAUAGACAUGAGAUUAGACAGAGAUCUUUUUGUUAUAAAUCUGCUGGUUUGGCCUUUGGAAUACAUUUUGAAAUACACAAGGUAUGUGAGGUUAGAAGCUCUUGUUGCAGAGAAGAGCUUAUUUUGAGAUAGGCCUGUUCUUCAUAGGCUCAAACAUGACAUUUUAGUCAAAUACACUGAGAUUCAUUAGGAAUUUAUAAGAUGGCAGCACCACAUCUUUGUAUGGUCAGUUUCCAGUGCUUGCUGGUAAAUGCUUUCCCAUGAUACUUGCUCUUAAUUGUGAUUUUAUGACACCAAUUUUUAUUUACUGGUAAGACAUCUGCAGAAUUUAGCCUUAGUGUAGAAUAAAAGCCCUGUAAUUGAUCUGAGGAAAGCAUUUGUAAACACGCAAAGUAUUUAACAACUGAAAGGGAAAGCUGAGUGUGAACAGGAUGAAGAAAACAGCAUAUCAGUUUUUUUCUAGAGGAAUUUGAGACUGUUCCCACCAUCCAUUUCUGCACUCUGUGUACAAGUGGGGUUUCUGGAAGGACCCUGUUCCUUUAUAGCUUCAAAAUUAAGCUUCAUUAAUUCUUUUCAUAAGAUGGUCUCCUAAAUAAAUAUAAAUAUAAAUAAAUAUAUUCUAAUUAUACUCCUGUAUGUUACCAAAUUCUUUACAAAUCAUGUGGAACAAUCUAGUUGUACACAAGCCAACUUGUAAAGAACAGUUUCUCAAUAAAUACUGAUCCUGGAUAUGCAUGUAGGAAAGGGAAUUACUGAUUCAGAAGUCUGGCCUCCCUGGUAUUGCUUGACUGUCAUCAGAGCAUGUUUUACUGGUAAAAUGACGAAUUCAGUAGGGCAAAUGUUUAAUUCCUAUCAGUACUCUUUCUAAUAGGUUCAAAAGCCAUUGGAAAACUGCCAUCCAUGGUUUCUUUUCUCAGAACUAGUACUCUGAUAUUUCUUUCCUUACACAAAAUGUAAGAUGCUUCUUUAUUCCUUCCAGCUGUUUUCUUUAUACUGUGUUGUCACUUUACUGCCUGCUAAUUUUUACUUCUUUACCUUCCCAUACUACAGCAUGGACCAAAAAUAUAUAUUCCUUUUCAUAAAAAUACAUCAAAUACUUUUAUAUGACUUGUCUUAUUUAUAACGUGUUGCACUUAUUUGUUGACUGCUUCUGCAAUGAGUAAUUUGUAACCUUGUGGCAAAACACAGACAUGAAAUUUCAAUAAAAUAUCAUUUAAAAUUG